AAAGAAUAUAAGUACUUUUUUUCACUGUCCUUGAACAAGAUCUCAUUAUUGACUGGUUCUAUCCUCGAUCUUUUACCACCUCAUUAGGUUAGAAAAAAAAGAACUAAGCAUAGACUGGUUAAAAGAAAAGACAGAAAAGUAUUCAUUAUUUUGAAGAAAUGGGAAGAGCUCCAUGUUGUGAUAAAUCAAAAGUGAAAAGAGGAUCAUGGUCUCAAGAAGAAGAUGCUAUUCUCAAAAACUACCUUCACAAACAUGGCACAGCUGGUAAUUGGAUAGCACUUCCUCAAAAAGCAGGGCUAAAGCGUUGUGGAAAAAGUUGUCGUUUAAGAUGGUUGAACUACUUGAGGCCUAAUAUCAAGCUUGGAGGUUUCACUGAGGAGGAAGAUAAUAUUAUCUUCAACCUUUAUAGCACCAUAGGAAGCAGGUGGUCCCUUAUAGCAGCUCAACUAGCAGGAAGAACAGAUAAUGAUGUGAAGAAUCAUUGGAACACUAAACUCAAGAAAAGGUUUUUGGCACAAAACUCAUCCACAAGCAACAAUAUAUACACUUUCAGCAAUACUACUACUACUAGUUCUGACCACUUCUCAAGUACUUUGACUUUUCAACCUCAAGUUGAACAACCCUUUGUCUUUGAUCAAAACAUGAACACAUCUUGUUUUGAUUCAUACAAUGUUAUGGAUUUGGAUCAAACACCAAUUGGUAUUCCUUUACCAAUGACAAUGAAAUCAGAAGCUUUGUAUGUUGGAAGUAGCUUUAGUAGUAGCUGUAGUACUACACCAACCACCAUGGAAAUUUCAAGUUUUUCAAGUGCACCUUUCUUAGAAGAUAAGAACAAUCAUAGUCAAUGGUUUGGAAAUGACCAUGAUGAUGCAAUUCUCCUUGAGUUUGUUCUUGAUGAUUUUUUAAACCAUGGACCCUCAUCGGGUUAACUAGGGAAUUUAAUUCUAUGUGAUCAGGAAUUCCGCAUUCAGAGACAUCGAUAAUCGUUCAAUAUAAUAUUUUUUAAGUAUUUGCUAAAAUAUAUAUUUGAAUUUUGAAUUUUAAUUUAGACCGUAUGAUCUUAAUCGAAUAACUAUGAUGUUAUAUCCUGAUUGCGUGAAUACGGAGAAUUGAAACCCUAACCAAGAUUCUCAAAAACUUGAAGAAAGAAAAAAACAAAUGGCUGAAGAAAAAGUAUAGCAACAAAAAGUGAUUAAAGAGAUAGUAGAGAUUAUGGUUAUGGAAUAUUGAUUAAUCUAUUUAUAGUAUUAGUGUUUAAAUUUUUUUAACUAGUGUUUAAAUUUGUGUUUUAUGUAGUUGGUUGCAUGUGGAAUUAUGUAUGAUUCUAAAUUAAUUUUCAAAGACAUUGAUAGUUGUAAAAUUUAGAACUCUCUAUAUAUACACAUGUCGGU